UCUCCACAAAGUGAGCUGAGCCUGGCUUCGCCGUCGUUUGAGGUGAUCACCGUCUAUAUUCUCUCUUCCCCUGCAACUUAGCUGUCGAAUGAUCUUACUCUGUCUUCUGCAUCUUCAAUUUGUAAGCAGCUUUCUCUUAACCAGCAAUCCAUAGACAGAGGAACUCUCAUUCUUCACUCUCAAACAUAUUUUUCCACAUAGUAUUGGAGCGCAACAUGCAGCUGCAUCCGCGCCACAUCGGCCGCAACCACCGUGAGAACCUCGUUUCCAAGCUCAUAAAAGAUGUCGAGGGCACUUGCAGGAGAGUUAUAACUGUACACAAAUAUGCUCCUGAUUCCGAGAGAUUUCUACUGAAAACUGUUUAUACCAGAUACUUUAUACCAGAUACUGUUUACUCUCCCCCUCAAGCUGGUGCAUGAAGGUCAUGAAUGCCCAGCUUGUCCCGCAUCAAAUAAAAACUGUCCUUGCCCAAUGCCUUUGUGAAAAUAUCAGUUGGUUGAUGAGAGGAAGAGAUUGGUAAUGUGCAGAAACAAUACCAGCUUGAAAUUUCUCAUGCACCAAAUGACAAUCAAUUUCCAAAUGUUUU